UGGAGAGAAGACAGACAGCACAGAGUGAGUGAUUCAUAGAAAUCUAUACUCUGAACGGCCACUAUAUUUUUUAAAAACACUUCAACUAUACACUGGACAUCGCUGUGCAGGAACUACAAAGAAGUGUAAAUGUAACUUCAACCUACUGCAGAUGCUUCUUAAACACUUUAAACUGUUGUAACCAUGGCUUCAGUCUGGCUUGUAUUGGUUGUCCCAUGGAUACAUAUGUUUGCCUUGAUUAAAGAGGUUGAAGUGACAUCAUGUGCUAAGGUACACACCCUGGCAUCAGAGCUGCCUGUAGGCUCGCCCAUAUCAGUAUCCUGCAGCAUUAAAGAUGGCUGCCCACUCACCAAACAUACAGACAAGUGGCACGUGGAGUGGAAACUUAACCAACAUUUCCUCCCUAGAAAUCUUUCUUACCAGGAGAGUAAUGGAACACAUGGUGUACGCAUCCCCAGCUAUAUGGACACAAGCGCAGACAUCGCUUGCUGUGUUUGUGGAGAAAAGAGUUGCCAGAUAGUCGGAGGAGUGAGUGUCAACUUGGGAUAUCCUCCGGCUGUCCCUCAGAAUCUGAGCUGUGUGCUGAAUGUAUCAAAAUCAAUCAGAAUGCUGUGUCAAUGGGAUCCUGGCCAGGAAGCAGCAAACAUUCUUAUAAGAUAUACUCUUCAUAGCAGCAUAAAACGGAGCAUCCCAGAAUCUGUCUUUCAAUAUGUGCUCCCUCCUGGUGUGCACUCUCAUUGGAUUCAACGGAGUGACAUUAGUUUGACAUCUGAGAUGGAGUUUCAUGUGACGGCAGUCAGUGCUUUAGGAAAUAGCACUUCGGCACGUCUGCUGUUACACCCUUUGAAAUCAGCAAAGUUUAACCCUCCUGAGAUUCAAAGGGUUGAAGCACACACGUUUGGGUGUUUGAAGUACAGCUGGUUUUUCGAACAGCCUCAGCAGUGGCUGAAGAUGACCUUCAGUGUAGAGCUGAGACUGAAAACAGUGGAGAACCAGCUUGACAAAGAGCUGGUUUUCCACAGCAACACAUCAACAGUGGACAAAAUCCAAGUGUGUGGACUACUCCAUGGUACAAAUUACAGCACCAAAAUGCGAGUGAGGUAUUCCAGCGGUCCAUGGAGUGAAUGGAGUGAGUGGACAGCAAACACCACACGUAUAAAGGCACCGACAGGUCAUCUGCACACAUGGCUUAAAAUACAGGAUAACAAUGAAACCGCACAGCUGUACUGGAAGCCGUCACCUCUGUUUCGUGCCAAUGGCUGGAAUAUUUCAUACGUUGUCGAAUCACAGGGACCGAUGAAGACAUUGUGUGUUACGCAAGAAAGCUUCUGCUCUUUCAUCCUCAUCAAGAGGUUUAGAAAGAUCUACCUGAGAGCAACUAAUGCAGCAGGGAGUUCCAAUCACACCGAAGUGUCAGUGUAUCAGACGAAAGGACUGGACGCUGUGUCUACUUUCAGUGUGCGUCCACAUUCUGAGACAUCUCUGCUGAUCACGUGGGAGCGUCUGGUGUCUUCCCUGGUCACGGGGUACGUGCUGGAGUGGAGAUCUCUGAUCGAGAAAGAUGCAGCUCUCCUGUCAUUUGCACUGAUGGACAAAAACAACUUGAGUACUGUAGUAACAGGUAUUAAGCCUUACAUGCCCUAUGAGAUUUCUAUUUAUCCCAAAUAUGUGGCCGGGAUUGGACCCCCUCUAUCUGUGACAGCAUACAGCAGUGAGAAAGCACCCUCCAUGGCUCCAGAGUUGAAGAAUUGGGAAUUCCAUCAUUCACAAGUGAAACUAAACUGGGAUGAAAUCCCCCUCGAGCAAAGAAAUGGGAUCAUUCAAAGAUAUACCGUUUACUUUUGGGAUGACAGAGGAAAUGUUCAAGUUGAAGAGACAAAUCAGACACAUGUUUGGAUGAAUGUUAAGCCAAAGUCCACAUAUAAAGGCAUUGUAGCGGUUCAUACGAUGGGUGGGAGUUUUAACGGAUCUGUCACUAUCCUGAAACAUGAAAAUAUUGAUGGCAUUGAAAUGGUGUUCAUUGUAAUUCCUGCAUGCAUUGUCUUAUCAUUUCUCAUGAUCAUUACUGGGUUUACCUGUUUUAGUAAAAAUGAUCGGUUGAAGAUGUGUGUGUGGCCCAUAAUUCCCGAUCCAGCAAACAGCAGUAUUAAGAGAUGGACGUCCACUGAAUCAUUGCAGGGCAUGCCCCCCUUUAAAGAAGACAAGGACCCUGUGCUGGUGUAUCUGUCCCACUAUAGUCUUCUGGAUCUCUCUGACAAAGAGCAGUGCAAGAGUGAUUAUGUUAAGGAGAACCUGUGGUCACAUGACAGCGGCAGCCAUGUUGUGGGUCACGACUCAUUGCAGGCCUUCAGCAGUUACAACUCAGAGCAGAACAGGGACUCUAUCCCUUACGCCACUGUUGUGUUCGGGGGUCCAUAUCAAAGCCAGCCGGCCCCUCCUCCGGUCUACCUGCGCUCUGAGUCCACACAGCCCCUCUUAGGGGUGGAAGACCCUGGUAGUCCCCCACCCUAUGAGAAUAUGCCAUGCAGAGGGAGAAUUUCUGAAGUAAACCACUUCACUACAGUCGCCCAGGAUUCCACUGAAAACGAGGAGAAUGAAGCAAUUUUGAAAGAUUUUCCGAUGCUCAGAUCCUUGGAGUUUAGGGUUACUGACCACAUCUGAACUCAAAGUCAAUAAAUGCCUGUGCUUCUUCAAUGAUAAGAUGUAAAGUGUGGAACUUCUUUGGUCGUAUUUUGAAAGGAAUAUGGAAAGAAACAUACAAUACUUAAAAGCUUUGAAUGCCAUUGCAAUAGAUAACAAAAUGUCAAAGUGGCAUUUAUUUUAGGGAAUAAAACUCAUGAAAAAAGUUUGUUGGGUUUGAAAUUAUGACAUUAUAUUCAUAGUGUUCAAAAUGAAAUCGAAACGAAAGUAAUGUGAAAUAUGAAUUAUUGUGAAAAGUGAAUUCUGAAAAAGAGAUUAAGCGUAAUUUGUUCUAUAAAGGUAAUGCAAUGACAUUCAGAUAUUUUAAGUGUGGCUAAAGUGUCCAAAUAGUUUCAGGAAAUCCUAAGGAUUGAAUUAUGCUUCAAUAUAUGUUUUUUUUUUUUUUUGCCCAUAAAUAGCAUUUUGAAUUAAUGGAUAUGGGGGAAAAAAGCAUAUUACAAAAGGAAUGCAAAUGGAAAUUGUAACAGAAUAUAGGUGUUCAUAAUUACUCAUAAUUUUGUUUGCAUCCAUGGAGCUUUAAAUCCAGUGUUUUUAUGCACUUGAAUAUUUCAAUAGAAUAGCCAAUGUGGCUAUAUCUGGCAAUGUAGCAACUUCACCUGAAGGACAAUAUAAAAGUGUGACAAGAUUUAUCAGUAUAGUUCAGAGCCCCUUAAAGGACAAAGAUAGAAAUUAAUAAAAUGUGCGUUUCCUCACAAUAGUUUGAAUCCCUCUAAGUAUGCUUUACUUUCCUUUGCAAUAGUUUGUGUUUCCUCACAAUAUGUUUUGGGUUCACUCACAAUUAUUUUGAGUUCCCUUGCUGUACAUUUAUCAAUCCCUUUAAAAACCAAAGUUGAACUAUGGCGUUUGCAGUAAAACCAUAGUAACUACAAAACUGACCAUAGCUUUACUACAGUAACUACACUUCAACUGUCUUAUUUGUAGUAAAACCCUAGUAAUCACAAAAAUUACAAUGGUUUUACUACAGUAACUGUAAUUUCACCAUGAUAUUCAUAUUUACACAUGACGGUAAAACUGUAGCCACAAAACAGGAAAGCCAAAACUAUGGUACACUAUUGAUUGCUUUACUAUAAUAAGACCAUGUUUAAUUUUAAAACCAUGGUUCUAGCAAUAAAUAAAUAAAACUGUUACUUGGGUACUGCAGGUUUGCUACAGUGAAACAAUGGUACAUUUCUUUUUAUUUUUUAUGAUUUUAAUUACAAUAGUAUUGGCUUUUCUGGACUAUUACUUUGGUUUUACCACAAAUGCCAUGGUAAUAACAUUCUCAGAAUAACCUCAGUUUUAAACCUCAACAAGUAGCUUCAUGAGCUCAAAAUCAUUUAUAACAUUUUAAAGGAAUGUUACACCAGUAAAUAUGUGAAUUUUAAACAUUGUGUUUUUAAUCCAGUAAUUGUGCUACACAGCUGUAAUAUUGUUGAAGUAAUUCUGUUCUGUAUUAACUAUGAGGUGCUAUUUCUGUCCACUUGCAAUCUGUAAUGGCUGUCUCAAUCUUUUUUCAUAUGGAACUUUUAAUUUGAAGUUCAGUUUCAACGAUUAGCAAUGUUCAGAAUAACAUUUUUUAAUUAUUUCUGUGGUGUAAAAUAUGUAUUUUUAUGAUAUUAAAAUAUGAAUUUUCUGUAUGCUUAGAAUACCCAGGUGACCAACUUAAUUUCCAGUGUGACAAAUUAACUGGAAAUAUUAUCAGCUGCAGAUUAAAAUUUAUUUUAUUUUUUUGUUUAUUGUACUUGUACUUUGUCAUGUUUUUGUGUGUUCUCACUUGACUGUUUGAUGAGAUGUCUGCUUCACUUCUGGUUUAAGGUCCAUGUCAAAUCUUGAUUGUAUAGUUAGUCAUGUUUUUGGAAUCAAGUUAUGUUUUGUAGUAUCAGUUCAUAUGUUUGUUUAUUUGUUUUGAUAAUAAAAUCUGCAGUGGGGU